AUGGAAUCCGAGGUGCAAGAAGACAAAAAGGGGCCAUCCAAGGGUUGGCUUCCCGCUUCACUCCGGAAGACCUAUUUAUUCUCCUUGGCGAGCCUCCUGCUGUUUAUGCUGGCGGUAGUCGAGAUACUACGUCAGUAUUCCCAGAGGAGAGGCUUCCUCAUCUAUUGGAAAGAGGUUGAAGAUCUGCCAGGGUCGACCUGGCAGGUUUAUACCUAUUUGCCAUUGGUUAUCGCUCUACUCGCUAUCGUUCUUCUGGACAUCUGCGCUCAGGAUGUUUUCCGCUUGGAGAUCUACUUUCAAUUGGCGAAGCCAAACCCGACACCGGCAAGAGUGCUGUUCGCCAACUAUUGCAGCAAUGGAUUGACCGCGUCUAUGAUCGCGGCUCGAAAUCGGCACUGGAUUGUGCUGUGUGUCGCCUCUGUAUCUCUGAUAUUUCGCAUGUUUCUUCCUACUUUGGUAUCUGGUAUCAUCACGUUGGAUGAAACUCUUCUACAAGAAAACAGAGUAGUCAACACGUGGCCAUCAAUAGUUGACCUGGACACUCAAAUGGCUUGGUUCAAUUCUGGCCUUUCGCACCAUGGAGUCUUGGGUCGCUCUGACCUUGGAAGUAUGUUCCUUUCUCGCCCGUCGACAUACGCCGCAGCCCCCGUUUCAAUUCCGGUCGGCGAGGAGACUGAGAACUCGUUGUUGACCCUCAAUCAAACGACAUAUUGGUCGAAUUUAACUUGUGUCACCAAGUCUCUGACAGGGACGCUCAGCGGCACACUGUCCCCAAUGAACUCCUCCAGUGAAAACAACCAGCAGGCUUGGCUAUGGAAGAUGCGGAAUUUUGAGCUUCCUGGUGGCGCAGACAACCAGACCCAAUGUCAAAUCGGACUUGACCUCGAAAUCACCUCGGGACGAAAUGAGCAAAAUGUCCAUGCACGUCACUGGGCACCUUUUCAUAACGGAACGAAUGCCACUUCAUCCUUCAUCCCAGGCGACGGAUGCGACUCCUUCGAACUCUUUGGGGUGAUGUUGGACAUGCGAUUCAUCGACGGGAACCUGACCCAACCAAACAUGACUGUACUUGGUUGCGCCCCAGUAUAUCAUCAAGCUCAAGCGGCCGUUACUCUCAACAACAACGCCUCUAUCUCAGAUAUACAAACCGAACCUGAGAGUAUCAACCCUCUUGAUCCAGCUAAUUUCUAUGUGCAAGGCUUGCAUGAUGUCCUUUCCUCCCAACAUACCUUAUCACAGAGCGAAGUGUCACCCAACUCUUCGUCACGCACAGAUGCCGAUUUUUAUAUUGCCAGCAACCAGAAGCCAAUUACCUCUGGGGCUUUCAUCGACGAAAUGCAAUCCUCCUGGAACAAAAACUUCAUUAUUGUCAUCAACAAGCUCUUCAGCCCCGGUUCCACCCCAACACCCGUCAAUGCCACAUUAUCCACUUAUGUGGUGAUCUUAACGGUCACCUCCAACGCGGCGAUAUUUACAGAAGCGAUCCUGCUCGUUUGUCUCGUUCUUCUUGGUAUGCUAGCAUCUAUAUGUCACCGUCGACGCAACUUUUUGCAAUGGGACCCUGGGUCGAUCGCUGCUCAGUGCGCUCUUAUUUCACGACUCUUCGCUCCUUCCACUAAGCUUCUAUUCUCGCAUGCCAAUUUUCGCCAAGCAACCACGCGCCAGCUUCGCCAGUGGUCGAAAGGGAAGUGGGUCGAAUGGGUGGACGUCUCCGGAGAAUUGAAGCUUUGCAUAGUCGAUCGCACACAGCCGUGCACCGAUCAGCUAGCUCCCCCAAUUAUCAAGAAAGGCCGGCGGGAUCCAGCUCCGCACUUUUUGGUCUUUCCUUGGUUCCUGACUGAGUGUGUUCUGCUAAUGGGGACGUUGGCUGCGUUUGGUAUUUGCCUGUCGUACCUCCGACUGAAGAAUAUUGAGGACUACGCCACUGCGGCAGCAACCCUAUCAAUGAUGUUCUUGAAUUACGCCCCAACCGCGAUUGCGUCUAUCAUCGGCUCUUUCAUUACUUCAAUCUACCGAAACCUGAGUGCAAUGGAACCUUGGAUCCGACUUCAAGAAGGAAUGGCCACAGCAAAGGAGUCCGUCAUCGCGAAUCGCGGUUUCAGAACACCAUAUAUGGCACUGACUCGAACGCGCCGCCGGAAACCAGCUCUCUUGUUUGGAAUCUCUGUGGUAUGUCUGGCAGAUCUUGUAUUACGAGUGCUCAGUGGUGGUGUGUUUGAGCCGCAAGUGCAGAUUUACAAAUCAUCAACUUCCUCGGUGCUUCGUGAAUACAAUCCUUCUGUCUUCGAGAGGCAGCCCAACGAGACUGGGGUUGGUGAAUCCAUCAUGGCGGCUAGUCGAUUGAUGAAUAAUGUUUCCUUCUUACCCUGGGCCUCUCCUGAGUAUUUCUUCGUUCCAUUUGCGGUCAAAAAUCCCGAUGGCCUAGAUCCAGACGUUGAUCCAGACACCGCAGAUACUGGAGAUGAAGACGAGACUGAUGACGAAGACGACGACGACGAAGAUUACUGGGCUAUUUUCACUGCUCAAACCAGGGGCAUCGGCACAGAUCUCACAUGCCGCACCAUCUCUCCCGAAUCCAGCUCUGACGCAACGCGGGGGCUGAUAUACAGAAUCUCCGAAACUACAGGAGCCUCCAACUGCACUGUAAAUAUUGCACCUGAAAACCUCAACAACCACCACGGCGCCAAAUUCACGAAACCCUCUGUUCAAUUCCUCGCACCCAACGGGACAGAUGCCUGUCAGGCAUCAAACCUUUUCAUCUUCGCUUCCUGGAACCAGAACAACGUCUCAGAAAGAUUUCAACGCCCAAUUCGACUCGCACGGAAUGAUCCAGUCUUACAAGCCCAUCACUGGAAGCUCUAUCACAAAGGGGAGCUUUUCCAGAACGCUUCGCAUAGUCUUGGUCUAUUCAACCAAGGAUUGACGAACUUCUCACGAACUCUCCCAUCUCACAAUUCAUCCUUGAUGCAACGACAUAAUUGGUCCGGGUUAUUGACGUCUUCGAUGUACGACUCAUAUUAUCCAAACAGCACUGACAUCCAAUCCGACCGCUUGAUAUAUGUGGCAAGAGUCGUCUACAGUCAAGUCUUCAGUGCGCACUUAGCCCUGUGGCGAGACAGAUACCUUGAGCACGUUGGCUCGAAGGAGGUCGUACCGGUCCUCGCAACCGCGACCGAAUCUCUUUGGGGACUGACCCCAUCCAAAGUCCUGAUUGUGAUUAUCAUUUGUCUUGUGUGCAUUGACACAUCUGCGCUGGUCGUGGUCUUCAUUGUACGCUUUAAACGGUUCAAAGGGCUGCGUGUUCCUCGUUCUAUUGGAUCUCUCAUGCCUUUGGUCAUGGGAAGCUCCUUUGCGGCUGACUGUGGUGAUGCAUAUGAUAUGGCAGAGAAAGAACGUCAUGCAUUCCUCAUUGAUCAAGAUCGCCGUUACCGACUUGGAGAGUUUGCUGGCGAGACAGGAGAUCAGUGGGGGCUUGAUUAUGAUGAUCGUCACCACAACUCGGGGAUCGAGUUGGAUGAGCUGAGAAGUGCAGUGUAA